UUUUCGUCGACAACUCUGUCUGUUCUCUCAGCACUCCAUUGAGUUCCAGUCGCAAAUGAGGUAGCCUCAAGCAUUGUAUCUUGGAAAGAAGAUUCUCUGAGACUCAUCUCUGACGUCCCAUGGAUGCGCUCAGUUGGCAAGUCCGACGAUACGACCGCAUCACGUAUGAGACGUUCUUACGUGACCACUUGAUUCUGAACCGACCACUCAUCCUAGACGCAUCCCAUACAGCCUCGUGGUCAGCAGCCAAGGCCUGGCGUAUCGUCGCCCAACCUUGCGAGAGGCUGUGUCAUGAGGCCGACUUGAAUGCAUUGAGUCGUUACGGGCAUCACGUCGUCCCCGUUGCCGAUACGUCCACUCGAUGUUUCUCAGAGUUUGAACGGGAUGAGAGGCCGCUCAGGAAGGUGCUGGAUCUAUGGAAGGCAGGAGAAGGCCAAAGUUUAUACGUAAAGGACUGGCAUCUGCUCGAUUUGGUAGAGCGCGAGGGGAGGAAAGUCAACGAAGUCUACGAGGUCCCGGAAAUCUUUCGAGAUGACUGGAUGAACCCUGGCUCUCGGGUACGAGAUGAAGAGUUUGCAGAGCACGACCGUCAUGGCACUUCGUCAGACUUUCGAUUCUGCUAUGUGGGUCCAGCUGGGACAUUCACACCACUACAUCGAGACGUGUAUGGCUCUUACUCUUGGUCUGCAAAUGUGGUCGGACGCAAACUAUGGUGGUUCUACCCUCCGCAUGACUUGGACAGCGUCAAGAGGGAUGGCGAGCUUGUCUUUGAUGUGAGGGAGCUUGAGGACGAAGGGGGAGGCAUCAAGAUCGUGCAAGAGGAAGGAGAAAUCAUCUUUGUGCCUUCUGGAUGGCAUCACCAAGUCCUCAAUCUAGACUUUUGUAUCUCGAUCAACCAUAACUUUGCAUCUUCGCCCACAAUCCCGUAUCUCUUCGAAGCCCUAUGUGUGUCUCAACAGCGGGUCGAAGAAUCCAUAUCGGAUGUCAAGGAGAUGAUACAGCAACGUCUUGGCAAGAAUGGACCAUGGGAAGAAGAAUGGGUCGAGGAAGUACAGGGGCUGUUGGAACGUGAUGCGGGGUGGGGGUGGUCAGGAUUCUGGGACAUGAUCUGGGCCAAUACGCAGAAACCACCUGCGCCUGCUUCCCUGUCUCCGCCUCGAGCACUGCAGGAUCAGUACGUGCUCGAGGCGAUACGAAAAUACCGCAAUCUCCCUUGCUCGCGAUUCCUACCAGCCGUAAAUGAGGUCGUAGACCAUGUCGAGCGGGCGAUCCGUUCUGCUCCCGCUGAUUGACCCCGAUAGCAGGCAGAGACUUUGA